AUGGCGCUGCCAGUGAACCCUGAAUGUCGCAUCUGUUUCAAUCUCGACGCCACAAGACUUCGUGACGAAGAGGGGCUUACUAUCGAGAUACACGGCAAUGAAGAGUUCCGCCUGAGCGCCGCAAGCCUAUGUCUCGCCUGCAAGAUGAUCUACGACGGCGUGGCGCGCUUUACGCGGUCGACGGAGGACUUCCCGAGCGUGACUCUCAAGCUCAUUGAAGGCAACGGAGAUUUACUUGAAGGUCGUACGGGGCAAUCGCUCUUAGCGAUGUAUGUAAUCUACCUCUUCCGGUCCGGCGCCGCAACACUCAUCUCUGACGAUAAGCCUGAGCCAGACACGCCAUCGCUCUGGAGCGCGAUUCCUUGCCAUCCUGAGCCGGCCUUGGAUCGCGCCUCAGACUCUGCCGUAAAGAGAGUAAAGAGCUGGCUAGAAAUGUGUGAUAAGCUUCAUCAUCCGAUAUGUUGUCUACCCGAUGCGCCUCUACUCCCUACGAGGGUCAUUUUCGUUGGCGAAGAACACUCUUUUCGACUAGUGAUCUCCAACGGGGAGCACGCCAACUAUGCAGCGCUUUCCUGGCGCUGGGGUCCGCCGGACAAACACCCGCCGAAGACACUAUGGGAGAACUUGCAGGAGCGUACCGAGGGAAGAUGGAAGAGUCCUUUGCCGCCGCUCUUCACAGAUGCUAUCGAGUUUACGCGGAAACUUGGUCUCAACUAUCUAUGGAUAGAUGCGCUGUGUAUUAUCCAAGACUCCGCGGAGGACUGGAGCAGCGAAUCGACCAAGAUGACCGAGAUCUAUAACAACGCUUACCUUACGAUCGCGGCUGACUCAUGUGCAAGCGCGGCCGAGCGGCUCACUGGGCAGGGUGAGGAAUACAUUAUCGACCCAAAGCGCCACCGCAUCGCCGAGGGUCGUAAUAAGGGUAUUAUAACACAUUCUCUUGCGUCUGACGGCUCCCUUCGCAACCUUCUUCGAGCUAAGAUCCCGAUGGCGGCUCCGGGCCUAAAUAAGCGCACCACUACAGUUGGGGUGAGAUACAUUGAUCGCGAAACGUCUCACGGCUAUCACGGAGUAACAUUCGUUCCUCAAAGCCAUCUCGACGAUCGAGGGUGGUGCUUUCAGGAGAACGUGCUCUCUCGACGACUCCUUCAUUUCGGACAGACAGAACUGUCAUUUCAAUGUCUUAAGAUGGAGGCUUGUGAAUGCACAUCUACCCCAAAUCCUUACGUCGAGAAAACCAAACGACAUCAUCUGAACAGACUAAAGCGUAAACUUUUGCUAGAAGAGACGGACAUGGGAGAGGCCUGGCUCGAUGCUGUCGAGUCCUUCACUUAUCGAGACCUCGGUGUCCAAACCGACAGGCUGAACGCAAUCGCUGGCAUCGCACAGAAAAUCGCCGACCGAUUUCCAGCUAACGAGGCAAAGUAUCUAUGCGGCAUCUGGAGAUCCGAGAUCGAGACACAGCUUGCCUGGCUCGUCAUCCCCCCCGUCAAAAUCCUUCGGCCCGUGCCAGCUCGAGGAAGCAAGCGACAGGCAAUUGCUCCCUCAUGGAGCUGGGCAUCAGUUACCGGCGCCGUCAAGUUCCAGAGAUGGGCCCGGUUCCGCGUCAAGUCUAUCCAGUUGGCCCCCAAUGACGUUGGGCAGGCCUCGGCAUACGUCACCGUCACGGGCCGGCUAUGCAAAACCGUUAACCUGUAUCACUCGCGAAUGGUUACCGCUAUGUGGCAGCCUUUUAUGCUGGAUCAACAAAACAUAAAUGCCGAUAUUCGGGACUUGGAGACAGAGCCACACGGCCAUGUCAUCUUCGACAAAUGGUCAUCCAAGGAUCGCAUAGAAUGGGAUUUGACGGGGUACUCGGCGCUUGAGAACGUGAACGGCCUCGGAUUUGCUAUGCUUCUUAGACGUAUCGCAAACCCGAGAUUCGGUCCUGAGGGGAUAGAGCUUUAUCAGCGGGUAGGCGUGAUCUACCCAGAGAGCGCAUUGAAAUAUUACAACAUGCACCCUGAUAAGGAAAAGAUGAAAUCCAGGUACGAGAGGUAUGGGAUAGAGGAGCAAACGAUAAAUAUUAUUUAG